AACUCUUAGAGGUGACAGAGUAACAACUGUUUUCGCCUUCAAAUCUGUGAAUGACAGCAUUAUCUGAUGUUGAACUCAGGUGACUGCACCUUAUCCUUGGACAAUCUGUUUUUUGAGAAGCCUGUUCUUCAUAAAAGAACUCCACAGCAGCAAGCGGCCAGUCCAUGGCAGUUGGAAAUGCCCCCAUCUCCUUCUCAGAUUCCCACCACACAGGAUAUGCAGGAGGAGGCGGCUUCCCUCUUUUCCGAAUAUAGUGUGCUACACAAACCCAAGAAAUUUGUGCCUCCUUUUAAAGAAACUACAGCCUCUGAGGUAUCACUGCCAAAAACCAUUAUUUCCAGUGGGUUUACAAGCAAUGGGAAGGAUGAUGAAGAGACUCAGGAGAGCAGAUUUGCUGAUUCCUCCCAGAAUGCCUGUCAGAGUGACAAAACUAGAGAUGAAACCACGCUGGAUUCUGACAAUAUGGCCAUCAGAAGGAGAUGCUGGAAUCUGGACGACAGCAAAAACCCAUCUUUGCGAAGAAGCUUGUUCAAGGUCCAGGUGUCGAACAAUGGUGGUGGUUCGUCGAACACAGGUGACCUCAGCUGCAGCAGCCAGACACCAUCCAGACCUCAAACUUUUCUCAGCCAUGUUUCCAUGGUGACAGCACCUCCUCCUCUUUCAUGGCCAAGGGCGACAGUUAGCCAGGCACUUCCUGCUUUCUCUACGAAACCCCCCUUCUCGCCCACUCCUCUGGGCUCAUCUGCAGCAAGUGGCCAACCCCCGCAGCAGGUGGCACGUGAAGCGAUGAAGGACAAGGGCACAAAGAGAGCCUUAGUUCCUCCCCUGACGCCUCAGCCUCUUCGCAUUCAAGGUGCUUCUGGAUCUGGGGUUUUGCGACCGGUUUCUGAAAUCCCAGCUAAGUACAGAUCUGUCUUCAAAGAGUUCCCAUUUUUCAACUACGUUCAGUCCAAAGCACUGGAUGAUGUUCUUUACAGUGGUAAGAACUUUGUGGCUUGUGCUCCAACUGGAUCUGGUAAAACAGUGCUGUUUGAGCUGGCCAUCAUUCGCCUGCUAAUGGAGACACAAGAGCCAUGGAGAGAUGUCAGAGCUGUUUACAUGGCCCCGGUCAAAGCUCUGUGCAGUCAAUGCUAUGAGAGCUGGAAGCAGAAGUUUGGUCCUUUGGGACUGAACUGUAAGGAGCUGACGGGUGACACAGAAAUUGACAGUGUUUUCGAGAUUCAGGAUUCCCACAUCAUUAUGACCACGCCUGAAAAAUGGGACAGCAUGACGAGGAAAUGGAAGGAUAACUGUCUGUUGCAGCUCGUCAGACUCUUCCUUAUUGAUGAGGUGCAUGUGGUUAAGGAUGCAACCCGUGGAGCUACUCUGGAAGUGGUCGUGAGCAGGAUGAAGGCAGUUCAUGCAUACAGGACUGCACAGAGUCCGCAGGCAAACCUGACUAUGAGGUUUGUGGCUGUAUCAGCUACUAUUCCCAAUAUCUCUGAUAUAGCAGAGUGGCUGUCUAAUGAGAGCGGCCCAGCCGUAUAUCAGCACAUGGACGAGAGCCACCGGCCAGUGAAGCUAAGGAAGGUGGUGCUGGGUUUCCCCUGCAGCUUAAACCAAACACAGUUCAAGUUUGACUUGUCGCUGAACUACAAGAUGGCCAAUAUCAUACAGACGUACUCUGAGCAGAAGCCGACAUUAGUGUUUUGCUCGACAAGAAAAGGAACCCAGCAUUCAGCUGCAGUUCUGGCCAAAGAUGCAAGAUUCAUCAUGAGCACCGAGCACAAGCAAAGAUUGAUGAAGUAUGCAAACUCUGUUUUGGAUUCCAAACUGAGAGAGCUGGUGAUGUUGGGUGUUGGUUUCCAUCAUGCAGGUGUCGAUUUGUCAGAUAGGAAAUUGAUAGAAGAGGCCUUCACACUGGGAGAUCUGCCUGUCCUUUUUACCACCAGGACUCUGGCCAUGGGGGUGAACUUGCCAGCUCAUCUGGUGGUGAUCAAAUCCACCAUGCAGUAUGUUGCAGGCGCCUGUGAAGAGUACAGCGAGGCCGACAUGCUCCAAAUGAUUGGACGAGCUGGAAGACCACAGUUUGAUACAUCAGCAACUGCAGUGAUCAUGACCAAGUCGCAAACCAAAGAAAAGUAUAUGACACUUAUGAGUGGCAUGGAAAUCAUUGAAAGCAGCUUACACAGACACCUGGUGGAACACCUAAAUGCUGAAAUUGUUCUUCAAACCAUUAGUGAUGUCAACAUGGCUCUGGACUGGAUACGGUCCACUUUCCUCUACAUUAGGGCACUGAAGAACCCCGCCCACUAUGGAUUCUCUGCUGACUUGGACAGAUAUGGAAUUGAAGGAAAAUUGCAAGAGCUGUGUCUGAAGAACCUCAACUCACUGUCAUCCAUUGAUCUGAUCACCAUGGAUGAAGAUAUCAACAUUAAAACAACAGAGGCCGGCAGGUUGAUGGCUAGAUACUGUGUUGCUUUUGACACUAUGAAACAGUUCAGCCAAGUGUCCGGCACAGAGAAUCUCUCUGAACUAAUUGAUCUGCUGUCAAAGAGCCGAGAGUUCAGCGACAUUCAGUUGAGAGUGAAUGAAAAGAGGACCUUAAACACCUUGAACAGGGAUAAGAACAGGAUCACCAUCAGAUAUCCUAUUGAGGGCAAGAUUAAAACCACUGAGAUGAAAGUGAACUGCUUAAUUCAGGCUCAGUUGGGUUCUAUCUCAAUUCAAGACUUUGGACUUACUCAGGACACUGUGAAAAUCUUCAGGAAUGGAAUGCGCAUCAGCAAGUGCCUGUCGGAGUAUCUCAGUCAACGAUCCAAGGCCGUUUUUUCUGCUCUGCUCAAUUCCUUGGUCCUGGCCAAGUGCUUCAAAGCCAAGCUUUGGGAAAACUCACCCUAUGUUUCUAAACAGAUUGAGAAGAUUGGCCUGAGUAUGUCAACUGCCAUAGUGAACGCUGGACUCAGCACUUUCAGCAAAAUAGAGCAAACCAACCCCAGAGAACUAGAGCUGAUUCUUAACAGACAUCCACCAUUUGGAAACCAAAUCAGAGAAUCUGUUAUACACCUCCCAAAGUAUGAAGUUACUCUGGAGCAGCUUCCGAGGUAUAGUUGUGCUGCUGCAGAGAUUGUGGUGAAGGUUACCCUGAAGAACCAAGCACAGCUGCUGUCCAGGAGAACAGCUCCCGACCACCACUAUGUGACGCUAAUCAUCGGAGACUCUGACAACACCGUUGUCUUCUUGCAGAAACUCUCAGACUCUGUGCUGUUGAAGUGUGGCAGCUGGUCAAAGAAGCUCGAGGUUGCAAAGGCCUUGACAGGAGAGGAGAUCAGUGUCAAUCUCAUCAGUUCAGAAUACGUGGGACUGGACAUCCAGCAGAAGUUCAAUGUGUACUAUUCUGGAGCCAGGAGCUUUGGGACUGAUAUUCCAUAUAAUGUAACAUAUGAUCGAAGUGCACAGAAGCACCAGCAUGCUGCACUGAUGCAAACAGCCCCUCCCACAGAUUGCAUCACAGCAUCUGCUGCAGAUCAAGGCACUUCACAAUCCGAUUUAGGCAGUAAAAGACAGUGCAACCACUUCUGCAAGAAUAAGGAGCUGUGUGGCCACGAGUGCUGUAAAGUCGGUGUAGCUCUGGUGCGGAAGAGACCAACAAAUGAAUCUAGUUUCUCCUCCUACUUGAAAGACCUGAGGAGCAGGUGUGACAUGUUCAGUCAAACUCCUGUCAAACGGCUCAAGAUGAAAAUGAUUGAGGAGUCAGCACCCAUCAACAUGCAGGAGUUUGCUUAUAAGCCCAAAGAAAGAAUACCUACUCUGACCAGUUUUGGAGAAAAUAAAUGUGAAGCACCAGUGAUCGGUCAUACUGAGACUGUGGAUCUGACAGCAGAAGGUGGUGCAAAACCACUGGACAUGUACUGUGGUUCCUCUGUCAUGCUGAAGACAGGUUUUCGUGUGAGCAUGGGUUUGAACCCUAAACACACAAUAAAUUCAAUUAAUCUGACCAGCUCAGUGGACACAAAGUCCUCUGCUGCAGGAUCAAACUAUGUCGCUCCCUGCACACCUGCAGCCUCCUCAGGAAUACCAACAGUCAGCUUUGACCUCGGAAACGACUGGGACGACUGGGGUGACUUUGAUGAUGACGUCUUGGUGACAGCCAGUGAGACACCGCUGGCUUCAUAUAAACUUAACGCUCAGCCUCACGUGCAGCAGUCAUGUCUUUACAACACAACAGGUAGGAUGAACAUGCCAGCGCUGUCAGAGUAG